AUGACGCGCUCGAUCACCGCAGCCUGGCUCGUACGAUCCAAAGGCCACCCAUUUGAAGUACGAUCAGCACCCUACACCCAGCCAGGUGAAGGAGAGGUCGUUAUCCGAACCCAUGCCGUGGCCAUCAACCCCAUCGACUGGACCUUGCAGGGACAAGGAACCUCAUUGAUGUAUCAAUGGCUCACCUACCCCAACAUCCUGGGCACCGAUGUAGCCGGGGAGGUCGUCGAGGUUGGGCAAAAGGUCUCCACCCUACGCAUCGGAGACCGAAUCCUGGGCAAAGCCUGCGGCACGGACGAAAAGAUCAACUCGCACACGCAAGGCGGCUUCCAACUCUAUGUCGUCCUGGCUGCCCACAUGGUCUGUCCCAUCCCCACAGGGAUGUCCUACGAGGCAGCCGCCGUGCUACCCCUGGGAGUCUGCACCGCCGCGUGCGGACUGUUCGAACCCGACCAGCUCAAUCUCCAGCCCCCGCGCGCUGAUCCGGCGCCGACCGGCCAGACCGUCAUCAUCUGGGGCGGGGCCAGCAGUGUGGGAAGCUGUGCGAUCCAGCUCGCGCGAGCAGCAGGGUAUAAAGUCUUCGCGACUGCCUCCCCGAAGAACUUUGCGUUUGUGACCGAGCUCGGCGCCACUCGGGUGUUCGAUUAUCGCAGCCCGACGGUCGUCGCGGACAUGAUUGCCGCGUGUCAGGGCGAGACCCUGGCUGGGGCGCUGACUGUGGGGUCUAACGCGGGGGAUUGCUGUUUCGAUAUUCUCGCUCACUGCACCGGACCCCGGGUCAUCUCCAUGGCCGCGUAUCCUGUCCCCCAGCCACCCCCCAAGCAUCUUACAGUUCCCCGGACGGCGCUGACUUUCAUGGCUGGGAAUGUGAGGUACUGGUACAAGUCUCGCAUGCGAGGCAUCAAGUAUAGCUACAUUUUUGCCAGCACCCUGUAUCACAAUGGAGUCGGAGCCAUGCUAUUCCAGGAGUAUCUGCCCCAAGCGUUAGCGGACGGUCGGUUUCGGGCGGCCCCUGAGCCCAUGGUUUAUGGGACGGGAUUGACGGAAAUUCAAGGGGCGGUGGACUUUCACAAGUCGGGGGUGUCUGCGAAGAAGGUGGUGGUCUUGCUGAGGGAUUGAUUUAGCUGUUGGGUAAUCUUGCUUGAGGGGGUUUAUGGGCAUAUCAUCUCGAUUUUGCGUUGUUCUAAUUCAGUCCAUGUUCGCGCAUUUCUUUGAGCUUGUUCCGAUCAACACAUGUGUAUUGACUGUACUUCAAAUCUU